UACGUCAGUUCAGAGUUCCAGAGUUCUUGGUGACUGACUAAUCCUCUAUUUCCAAUGAAAAUAAACAAGUAAUUUAAUAAACGCGACCACCAAUGCGCUCUAAAACACCCUCCGUUACUAUCCAUUGAUACACAUAUCGUCUUAACUGAUUACUAUUGGGAACAGUUUGUGAAACACAGUUGAAAAUGAAGUACUCUACAUCGCCAACCCCAAGCACUUCUUCUACGUUUAAUUUCCCUCGCAGUACUUCUCCCUUGCCCGCUCCAGCCAACUACCAGCCAACGACGGCCAGCGCAGCGGUAAAGCGGUACAAAUACUUGCGGAGACUGUUCAAAUUCAAUCAAAUGGACUUCGAAUUCGCGGCUUGGCAAAUGGUGUACUUGUUCGUGUCGCCACAGAAAGUUUUCCGGAAUUUUAACUAUAGGAAACAUACCAGAUCACAAUUUGCCAGAGAUGACCCAGCGUUCCUUGUGCUACUCAGUGUUUGGUUAUUUUUGUCCUCUAUCUGUUUCGGGCUGGGCAUGGGCCUGGACUGGGGGCAACUGGUGUUAUUCAUCAUAUUUGUAGUCUUCGUGGACUUCAUCGGAGCUGGCUUGCUGGUGUCCACUUUCUUUUGGUAUAUAAGCAACAAGUACUUACGGCGCGACGCGGCGGCGCCCGACGUGGAGUGGGGCUACGCCUUCGACGUGCACAUCAACGCGUUCUUCCCGCCGCUGUCGCUUCUCCACUGUUUGCAGAUCGUGCUGUUCAACAGUCUAUUGAGCCACGACGGCAUCCUACCCUGCUUCGUGUCCAACACGUUCUGGCUCGCCUCCAUCAUCUACUAUCUCUACAUCACUUUCCUGGGAUACAGCAAUCUCCCGAUGCUGAGCAACACGCGCGCGUUCCUGCUGCCCCUGCCCGCGCUCUGUAUCGCGUACAUCGCAUCCCUCCUCAUGGGGUUCAACUUCAGCCAUAUGCUUAAAGACUUCUACUUGUAUAGAGUCCUGUAGUAACCGAGAAUGUUCAAGGCCUUUUCAUUCAAGAUUUGACUAAAACAGGAGAACGGCUUUACUAUACGGACAUCACGUGUCAAAAUUUAUUCUACAAUUGUUGUAUGUUAUCCAAAAAGAAUGCGAGGUUGUUAGUUGAAAACUAAGCAACGGAUAGUAUCUAUAAUUUCACCACAAGCCGUGUAAUUUAAGCGUUGCUAGGAUUUUGGGGCACGAGAGACAAAAAUAGUUUGCUCCCAUGCAAAACUUAAGUUCACCACGGCUAAAACAUAACAAUUUAUAAAAAUAUAUGGCUUAAAAUAAUUGAAUUAAACGCAAAGGGGAAUUUGCCUGUUCUAAAAUUGACUCUCACUGAUUUCAAAUAGCAUUUUCACGUGGAAUACAGGAUGUAGUGCGUGGUUUUUGCUUUGACAUAUCAGCUUUUCUAAUAUUUUCCUUAGUCAAAAACGCCAAUAUGAAGAUACAAUAUGAAUACCUAACUCAUAUUAUUAUUACCUAUUAUAGGUAGGCGCCUGUAUUGUCAGCAGUGACACUAAAAUGGGGUUUAGGAUAAGUAUCUAAACGCAUUUUGUUAUUUAACCAUUGAAUAAAAAUUGUUGCAUGAGACUGCAGUAAUAAGUUAAUUAUUAAAAUAUCAUUGUACAUAGUCAAUAAUUAUUAUACUUGUAUUAAACAAUUACUCUCUGUAAUUAAUAUAUUUUGUAAAUAUUA